AGACUUUAGUAGAUAGCGAGAUACUUAUCGAGUAUAAAUACGCGUGGAAGAACUGCAAAAUCAACAGUCAAACGAACUAAUUAACAAUUAAUUAUGCCUUGGGUUAUUGUACCUCUGGACAAGAAGGAUUUUGGCUAUUUUGACCGCCAACGAGAUUUGUUCUCCGGCUGGCGACAUCUAUUUGAUGAUACAUGGCAGGACUUGGGUUUGGAAGACUCGCAGGAACGGUUUAACCGUGAGCUGGACAGAGUCCGCGGUGAUAUGCAUAGGAUGGAUGUUCAGCCGGUCGUGUUGGAUGUUCAGCAUCCUUUCAUUAUUGACCCAGAAGGAAACCAUAAGUUUUGUCUUCGCUUCAACUGCAGUCAGUUCAAACCUGAAGAAAUUGAGGUGAAGACUAUGGACAAUACGCUCAAAGUCCAUGCGAAACACGUGCAAGAAACCGAAGGUCGCAAAAUUCACCAAGAAUUUACCAGAGAGUACGCACUUCCGGAAAAUGUCGAUCCGGAUAAGCUUACGUCGCAUCUAUCCGAGGAUGGAGUUCUUCAGAUCGAGGCUCCAGUGCCUCCACCACCGGAGGUUAAAGCACCAAAAGAGAUUUUAAUUCCAAUCCAGCAUCUUGAGAGUAAGAAGAAGCCUAAAGAGGCUGCAGCGGAAACCAAGACUGGUGAAAAAGAGCCCAAAGAGGGUGAAGAAAAGCCCAAAGAGGUUGAAAAAGAGCCCGAAGAUAGUGAAAAGGAGCCCAAAGAGGGCACAAAGGAGACCAAAGAGGAAGGCGCAGAAAAAUAACUCUCAAAAGGAGCGAUAGCUAAAAAGGCUAUAUGAUAAAAUGAAGACCUCCAACUUUUGCAAAAAAAACAACCUUUUUUCAUGUUAUUUUUCAAUCUGAAUACAAAUGAACGUUUAUGCGAAAACUUUCAUGUUUUGGCCAUGACCCAAAUUUCACAAGUGUCUUGUUCCAUUUGAUUGUCAAAAUAAUUCUGUACUCGAGUAGUGUUGUGAUCUAAUAUAAAUGGUUCUUUAGAUAGAUUUUAUGUAUAUUUUCAUUGUUUAAGAUACAAAACUUUUAUGUACCAUUCAUGUUUGUACAACUCAUACGAUAAAUUAGAUAUUUAGCACAGCAGCUGUAUUACGUCUUAUUAUGAUAUCAGUCAGGGCAUGUGUCGAAGGUCGUUGGUUCGAGCACCAUAGGGGUCGCAACUGCACCUCAUGUGACACUCUAGUUCAGGUUUUUCCAGAAAAUGUCAGAAAAGCUUCUUGAAGAUGCCUUCGUAAUUGAGAAGAAUAAACUGUGUACAUGUAUUAAGUUUUUAUGACCAAUUUGCCAAAUUGAUCAAUAGCUCUGUGUCCAGUACAAGGCACUUUAAAAUACUUGUAUAAUUAUCUAAGUAGAUUUUAUUCAUAAUAAUAAUAAUGAUGAUGACAAUACAAAUGUUGUUUUCUCAAUAAAAUAAAAGAUUAUUAAAUCUCG